ACAGAACCAACAGGCGAUCUGGAAGCAGCUUGUUGAUGGCACUGCGCACCGGGAGGACUUGGUUUGGGCAGGUCUUGCGCAGGGUCUCUCGGCUGCAGGGCUCCUGGUCCAGGCGAUCCAGCAGUCUACUGUGUCUCUCCGCGAACCAGGAGCAGGAUUUGGGGUUCUGUCACCGGGAUCGCCACAAGGCGAGGGGUUUCCACCGCUGUUCCUCCAACUCCUCCAGCGUCCACCGCGGACACCACCACCGCCACCGGAGCGCACCUUUCUGCGCCUCCGCCUCCAGGCGCUGUCCACACGGCGUCCCACACGCUUGUUGCUGCGCCUAUCCGGGGAAUCCGAGGGGACAUGAGCCCCUCGGUCGCCGGUUCCUGUUGGCCAUGAAGCGGCAAAACGUGCGGACCUUGUCCCUGAUCAUUUGCACGUUUACGUACCUGCUGGUCGGGGCUGCCGUUUUUGACGCCCUGGAGUCCGACUUCGAGAUGCGGGAAAAAGAGCAGCUGGAAGCCGAGGAGAAGCGUCUCCAGGGGAAAUAUAACAUCAGCGAGGAUGACUACCGCAAACUGGAGACCAUCAUCAUGGAGGCAGAGCCCCACAGAGCCGGGGUGCAGUGGAAAUUCGCGGGGUCAUUUUACUUUGCCAUCACGGUUAUAACCACUAUAGGUUAUGGACAUGCAGCGCCAGGGACCGACGCAGGCAAGGCCUUUUGCAUGUUUUAUGCCGUCCUGGGAAUCCCUUUGACUCUUGUUAUGUUCCAAAGUCUGGGUGAGAGGAUGAACACUUUUGUCAAGUACCUCCUAAAACGUAUCAAGAAGUGCUGCGGCAUGAGCAUCACCGAUGUAUCCAUGGAGAACAUGGUAACCGUGGGAUUCUUCUCCUGCAUCGGCACGUUGUGCAUCGGUGCUGCUGCCUUCUCUCAUUACGAGGACUGGAGCUUCUUCCAGUCGUACUAUUAUUGCUUCAUCACAUUAACUACUAUAGGCUUUGGGGACUUUGUGGCCCUCCAAAAGAACCGGGCCCUUCAGAAGAAGCCCCUGUACGUGGCCUUUAGCUUCAUGUAUAUCCUAGUGGGCCUGACAGUCAUCGGGGCCUUUCUGAACCUGGUAGUGCUCCGCUUCCUGACUAUGAACAGUGAGGAUGAGCGGCGGGACGCAGAGGAACGCGCCUCGCUCGUCGGCAACCGGAACAGCAUGAUCAUCCACAUCCAGGACGAAACGCUGCAGCGCGGCCGGCGGCGACGCGAGCCGUACCGAGCGGAAGUGACUGAUUUGCAGUCAGUCUGCUCCUGUAUGCACUACCACUCACAUGACUUCGGCAGCUCUGGGGGAGGGAUGGGAGGCCUGGGAUGUGCCUUCUCGCAUCAGAACUCAUUCAGCUCGCAGCUGAACCCCAAUCAGUACUUUCAUUCAGUUUCCUACAGGAUUGAGGAGAUUUCGCCCAGCACCUUGAAAAACAGCUUCUUCCCUUCGCCCAUUAGCUCGGUGUCACCGGGCCUUCACAGCUUCACAGACAAUCACCAGCUUAUGAGGAGGAGGAAGUCCAUUUGAGUUCCACCACACAUACAAGACUAAUGAGUU